CGGUCGGUGGCGCUGGGCUCGGCGCGGAGCGGGGCCCGGGGGCGGUGUUGGCGCCGUUCUUAACCCUUUUUCCCGUACAGAUCCCUCGGCAGGACAAGCGGCUGUUGGCUCCUCGGUGGACUCCUGGGAGGGCCCCGCGUCGGGCGUGCCGUGGCAGUGGAUGGCGGUGGCUGUUGGCGUGUAGCCGCGAGGUGUUGUGGAGCCCCGGCGGUGCGCAGAGUCUAAAAGUUGGUUUUAAUUGGUUGCCCACAGGAUUGGCUUGGCUUCUGCUACUUGUUAAGAAAAAAACAUCUGUCUUUGCAGGUGUGUGUUGUUUCAGCGCAGCAUGGCUGUGGUCAUCCGCUUGCAAGGUCUCCCGAUUGUGGCGGGGACCAUGGACAUCCGUCACUUCUUCUCUGGAUUGACCAUUCCCGAUGGGGGCGUGCAUAUUGUAGGGGGUGAACUGGGUGAGGCUUUCAUCGUUUUUGCCACUGAUGAAGAUGCAAGGCUUGGUAUGAUGCGCACAGGUGGUACAAUUAAAGGGUCAAAAGUAACACUGUUACUGAGCAGUAAAACUGAAAUGCAGAACAUGAUAGAGCUCAGCCGUAGGCGUUUUGAAACUGCUAAUCUAGAUAUGCCGCCAGCAAACGCUAGCAGGUCGGGACCACCUCCUAGUUCGGGGAUGAGUGGAAGGGUUAACUUGCCUACUACUGUACCUAACUUUAAUAAUCCUUCUCCUAGCGUAGUAACAGCUUCCACGACUGUGCAUGAGAGCAAUAAAAACAUAUCCACAUUUUCUACUGCCAGUAUGGGGACUGCACCUCCAAAUCUUGGAAAUACUUUUGGUAGCCCCACGUUUAGCUCAACUAUACCCAGUACAGCAUCCCCGAUGAACACAGUACCUCCUCCACCAAUCCCUCCUAUUCCAGCUAUGCCGUCUUUGCCACCGAUGCCUUCCAUUCCUCCAAUUCCUGUUCCUCCUCCCGUACCCACACUGCCUCCUGUUCCUCCGGUCCCACCGAUACCCCCUGUGCCCCCAGUGCCCCCAAUGACACCUAUACCUCCCAUAUCAGGAAUGCCUCCUCUGAAUCCUCCGCCUGUAGCACCUUUACCCACUGGAAUGAAUGGGUCUGGAGCGGCAGUGAAUAUGAACAGCGGCUUGAAUCCAUUGUUUAUUGGUCCCAUGAAUCCUGUAAAUCCUAUCCAGAUGAAUUCUCAGAGUAGCGUCAAACCAAUUCCAAUCAAUCCGGAUGAUUUGUAUGUCAGCGUUCACGGAAUGCCCUUUUCUGCGACAGAAUCUGACGUGAAAGAAUUUUUCCUUGGGCUGCGUGUGGAUGCGAUCCACAUGCUGAAGGAUCACGUGGGUCGAAAUAAUGGAAAUGGACUAGUGAAAUUUUUUUCUCCUCAAGAUACAUUUGAAGCACUGAAACGAAACAGAAUGCUGAUGAUUCAGCGGUAUGUUGAAGUUAGUCCUGCAACAGAGAGACAGUGGGUGGCUGCCGGAGGCCACAUAACGUUCAAGCAAACCAUGGGCCCCUCUGGGCAGCCGCACCCUCCUCCUCCACAGCCUCAUUCUAGGUCCAAAUCUCCCAGCGGACAGAAGAGAUCCCGGUCGCGAUCUCCCCACGAGCAGGGUUUCUGUGUCUAUUUGAAAGGUCUUCCCUUUGAAUCGGAGAACAAGCAUGUGAUCGACUUUUUUAAAAAGCUGGACAUAGUUGAAGACAGCAUCUAUAUAGCUUAUGGACCUAAUGGGAAGGCAAUUGGGGAGGGUUUCGUGGAGUUCAGGAAUGAAGCUGAUUACAAAGCAGCUUUGUGUCAUCAUAAGCAGUACAUAGGGAAUCGUUUUAUUCAAGUUCAUCCAAUUACUAAAAAGGCAAUGUUAGAAAAGAUAGAUCUGAUUCGUAAAAGGUUGCAGAAUUUCAACUAUGACCAGAGAGAAAUCAUCAUGAAUGCUGAGGCAGAGUCAGGCUCGCCAAAGCUGUGUGCGCAUAUUUCUAAUAUUCCAUACAAUAUAACAAAAAUGGAAAUUCUUCAGUUUCUAGAGGGACUGGCAGUAGAAGAAAGCUCUGUGCAAAUUCUUGUUGAUAAUAACGGGCAAGGUUUAGGACAAGCACUGGUUCAGUUCAAAGCUGAAGAUGAUGCUCGUAAAGCAGAGCGUUUGCACCGUAAAAAGCUGAAUGGAAGAGAUGUUGUUUUACGUUUGAUUACUGUAGAAGAAAUGAGAGAUAUCGAGAGAAACCCUCCGUCUCAAGGGAAAAAAAUCCUGAAAAUACCGAUACAAGGAAACGUAGCUGUGCCGGGAGCGCAGCCCCCUGCUGGAGAUGAGCAUGCCUUCUUGGGAGGAAAUCCUAAGGAUGCAAACAAUGGUCCUCCGUUCAACUUCCCCGGUAACUUUAGUGGGUCUGGCACGUUCGGUCCGCCUCUGCCACCACCUGGAAUAGGGGGCUUUGCUGAUGCUAGACCUGGAAUACCUGCGGUUGCAAGCGCUGCUUUGCCCGGUGCGGGUAUUGAGGUCCCAGGUUUUGCAGGCGGUCCUGCUAAUUUGAGUGGACCAUCGGGUUUUGGAGGGGGCCCUCAGAGUUUUGGUAACGGUCCUGGCAAUCUGAGUGGACCCCCUGGCUUUGCUGGUGGGCCUCCAGGAAUUGCCGGCGGUCUUGGGCAUUUAGGUGGGCCUCCCGCGUUCGGACCCGGACCGGGAAACAUACACAUUAGUGGGCCGCCGGGUUUUGGAACGGGGUCUGGGAAGCCAGGACCAACCGUCAUUAAAGUGCAAAAUAUGCCCUUCACUGUUUCUGUGGAUGAAAUUUUGGAUUUCUUUUAUGGUUACCAAGUGAUCCCUGGUUCAGUGUGCUUAAAAUACAAUGAGAAAGGCAUGCCCACGGGAGAAGCGAUGGUUGCAUUUGAGUCUCGUGAUGAAGCGAUGGCAGCAGUCGUUGAUUUAAAUGACAGGCCUAUAGGCUCAAGGAAAGUAAAGCUUGUUUUAGGGUAGCUGUUAAUAUGGAGUAGUUGUAGAAUAGGUAUUCAUAGUGCUGUGAUAAAUGCAUCCGGAUUGGUUUUUAUAGUAUUUCCAGGAUAGAACCUGUGGAUUGUUCCAGUUGUAAACCAGACUUGUUUUGAUAAGGCAGAGCACUGCGUUAGCCGUGGCAGAAGAAGCACUGCAAGGAUCCAUGCGCAGUGGAUUUCCCCGUGCAAACGUGUGGAGAAGGUAGGCAGGUUAUUUUUCAUCAUAGACGUUCGGUGAGCUGGACGCAGUGCUUAACAAGGAACCUUGGCUGGUGUUUCGUAGUUUCAGAUAAGGGAAAUAGAUGAAGUCAGUGAAGCUCUUCAGUGAGUGCUCUUGCAAGCCAUUGUAAAAUAGAUAGCUAUUUCUAGAUUUGGUUAAAAGCUGGCUGAAUUUGCUUUGUUUACAGGUCAAAGCUUUGUUUAAAGUCCUGAUUUUACUCUGCAACUGAACGAAUUCUGAGUGUACACAGAUUAAUUGUUUUGUGUAUGUAUUUUUAUUUUUUUUCCAAGAUUCUGACUGUAUGAACAGUUGAAUUAUGCCCAUUGCUGAUGUGUCUACCAAACUAAUUCCUAUGAGUAUGAGCAGAAUCGUUCUGUAAAAUUCAAGCUGUUCUUUGUGGAAUAACCUUUAGUUAUUUAUAUAUUGCAAUUAUAACUGUGCAGAAUAAGACUUUUGCCACGAGUAUAGCUAACCUCAAACAUUAUAUGAGUUUUAUAGUACGUUUAAAACAUUUGCAGUAGAAGUAACAACUUGAAAAUGCUCAUUAUUGUUUAAGUAGCUUGAUUUGUUAGGAUCACAUGAAUCACUUGGGAUAGGAUCUUUGACACUAGUUGGGUAUGUUGUAUUUCUCAUGUGUCUCUUGACCUCCUUACAUAGAGUCUCUGCUAAGAGAACCAAAGCGGUGAUUAUUAGUUGAAGAUUGGAGUCCAGUUUUAAAUUAGUUUAUAUGUGAAAGAAGCUUUUAUCUUCAGCAACUCUGUCAUGAAUUACUGCUGUGGGUGAACUGAGAGAUAAAAAUUUAUUUUUCUCCAAAACUUGAAAAUACUGAGUUUACUAUAUAUUUUUGCAAUAAACUUGUGCUGUCGUUGUAUCCCGAGUCUGUAAAGAGUUGCCAUUUUCUUUGCUGUACAGUAAAACCCUUUCAUGGAAAAUUGGAAAGGAAGUAAUGACACAAGUGACAAGUAUAGAAAUUUUGGUUCAUCCUUGCUUGGCUGAUGAUAAAUUUUUCCAAAUUGGGGCAUUGCCUGAAAAAUCCCACUAUUCCCUGCAAAUCAUUGUACUUAAACAUAGCAACCUUUGAACUGUUUUUUGCUUUGUUUUUAUUUUAUUUUAUUUGUCGGAUAAGGAAAAACAGUGCCUUUUGGUGUUGCCUAUCACGGAACACUGAAGUGUAUGGUCAGGCAAAAUUGCGAGGUGCAAGUGGCAACAGUUUUAUUCCUGUGGUGUGUAGGAGAGCUUUGGAAACCUGUGCGGCGCUGCAUCCUGAGAGGAUUCCCAGUACAGGAAUGUGUGGAAGGAUUGUACAAAGGUGUACUUCAAUAAAGAGGCGGUUGCAUUACACAGAUGCUUCUGUAAUUCAUUAGCAUAACUUUGUUUUGACAGGUUACUAGGUGGUCCCAACUUUGGAAAAGUCAUGUGAUUUGUAUAUACUGUUUAAAAUUAAGCCUCCUGUUAAUAAAGCUGUCUGUCUCUGAAGCUUCAUAUUAUGCGUUUCAACAGUCUUUGGGAGUAAUGUUUCAACAGCAGAUCUUUGUUUUUUCUCUCUGAAAGUCUGAAGUACUCUUGCUGAUGUCAGAAAGAUGUGUGAUUAGGAGUCAAGCUUUUCAGUUUAUUUUUAAAAUUUUGCUCUUUGUUUUUUAAACAACUUUUAUUAAAGUUUCAUACUAUAUUGGAUUUAUUUGGAUGCUUGUUUCUUCAUGUUUCACAUUAGAAUAAAAUGACCUAAAAGGAAAA